CAAAAAGUUACAGUACGAGUUAAGUCGAUGUGACCAUCAGCAAUUUUCAACAUUGACGAAGGGUGCACAAUGGAUGGGUUUGCGAAACACAUAACCUAGACGUUCUAAAUCAUACAGCAGCCCCCGCGCAGCCUGUUACUAUCAUGGCUCCACGGGCGGCUUCUCCUGCACGCUCCGAGAAUGAAUUCGAUAUCGCAGGCGCGUUGUUCGGAGGCGACGAUGUGGACUCCGACGCCCCUCAGUCCAGUGGUCUUAAUGGAGAUAGAGGCUUACCGAACGGUGAUCUGGAUGUCAUGGCAGACGAGUCCGGGCUCGACGAUGAAACCAUCAUUGCAGCGCAACUAGCGGCAUCGAAUCGAAAAGGCGCCAACCUCAAGGGCCGGACGGUGAAGAAAGGCGGCGGUUUCCAGGCCAUGGGACUGAAUGCCAACUUGCUCAAAGCCAUUACAAGAAAAGGAUUUUCCGUCCCGACGCCGAUUCAGCGCAAGACUAUACCUCUCCUCCUCAAUGACAAGGAUGUGGUGGGAAUGGCUCGGACUGGAUCAGGCAAGACGGCGGCCUUUGUCAUUCCCAUGAUCGAGAAACUCAAGGCUCACAGCUCCAAAGUCGGAGCAAGAGCUUUGAUCAUGUCUCCUUCAAGAGAACUGGCACUACAAACGUUGCAGGUGGUCAAGGAGCUUGGAAAGGGAACAGAUCUCAGGUCGAUUCUGCUUGUUGGUGGAGACAGUCUGGAACAGCAAUUCUCUGCUAUGGCUAACAACCCUGACAUUAUCAUUGCGACGCCUGGUCGGUUUCUCCAUUUAAAAGUCGAGAUGAGUUUGGACCUGUCGAGCAUGAAGUAUGUCGUCUUCGAUGAGGCCGAUCGACUCUUCGAAAUGGGUUUCGCCGCUCAGUUGACUGAGAUUCUGCAUGCGUUACCGGCGUCCCGGCAAACGCUGCUUUUCUCUGCGACUCUGCCCAAAUCACUGGUGGAAUUUGCUCGCGCCGGUUUACAGGAGCCAGUGCUGGUCCGUCUGGACGCCGACAGCAAGAUCUCGCCGGAUCUACAGAGUGCGUUCUUUACCUUGAAAUCUUCCGAGAAGGAGGGUGCACUGUUACAUCUACUUCAAGAUAUCAUCAAGGUUCCAACGCGCUCCCAAUUGAUCUCAUCUGCGACUCGCACAGACGACGCCAAACCGGGCAAGAAGAGGAAGAGACCCGAUGCGGAAGAGAAGAAGGGCGCCGCCGGUUCCGAUCCCUAUUCAACCAUUGUCUUCGCUGCAACAAAGCACCAUGUCGAAUACCUUGCACAACUCCUUCGGCUGGCUGGGUACGCCGUGUCUUACGUGUACGGUUCUCUGGACCAAACGGCUCGAAAGACACAGGUCCAUGCUUUUCGUACUGGUCAGACCAAUAUCUUGGUGGUGACCGAUGUUGCUGCUCGAGGUAUAGAUAUUCCGGUGCUGGCCAACGUCAUCAACUACGACUUUCCCUCGCAACCAAAAAUUUACGUCCACCGUGUCGGUCGAACGGCGAGAGCGGGCCAAAAGGGGUGGAGUUACAGUCUGGUUCGAGACGUCGAUGCUCCGUAUCUUUUGGACUUACAAUUGUUUCUUGGCCGCAAACUGAUCGUUGGCCGUGCCAACACUGCUGAUGUCAACUUUGCCCAGGACGUCGUUGUCGGAACCUUCCGCCGAGACGAAUUACAAACUAAUUGUGAGUGGGUGACGAAAUCCCUCGAAAGCGACGCGGACCUGUCGGCUCUCCGCUCCGUUGCCGCCAAAGGUGAAAAACUGUACCAACGUACACGGAACUCUGCUUCAUCAGAGAGCGCCAAAAGGUCGAAACAACUCGUCACUGCUCAGUCCUGGUCGGAAUUGCAUGCCUUGUUCAACGACCAAGCCGACGAUCUGGAAGCAGAAAGAGAGAAAAUGUUGGCACGGGUAGGAGGAUUCCGACCACAAGAAUCCAUCUUUGAAAUCGGUGCUCGCCGCGGCGGCCGCAAGAAUAACGAGGAUGCCGUAGAUGCCAUUAGGAAGAUCCGUACCGGGUUGGAGCACCGAAAACAAAAGUCCCAGGACGCCGCGCAGGCGCAAAAGGAGGCAUUUGAUGAAGGUGAUGCCUACGUUGAGUCAGCAGGCCGGCAGGGAGUUGGACACGAGGCCGAGUCGGAAGAAGUUGAUUUCAACGACGCCAUGUCUACAGCCUCGUCCUCGGAGCUGGAAGUCACCUUUUCCGAACCACAUUCGAAAAAGCAAAAAUCAAACAACAACCACUUGGAGAGUAACGACUUUUCGGCCUUCCGAGACCCCGAAAACUUCAUGUCCUACCACCCCUCGUCGACCAAUUUGUCCGACGACCGCGCCUAUGGCGUCCAUUCCGGCAGCAACACCAAUUUCGCGGAAGCCGCGCGCUCCGCGACCAUGGAUUUGGCCAUGGACGAGUCAGGCAAGAACUUUGGUGAAGCUCGCUCCAUCAUGCGGUGGGACAAGCGGCAUAAGAAGUACGUUCGUCGCGACAAUGACGAAGACGGGUCAAAGGGCAAACGAUUGGUCCGUGGAGAAUCCGGGGUCAAGAUUGCAGCUAGUUUCCGCAGUGGCCGCUUUGAGCGCUGGAAGAAGGAUAAUCGUGUCGGCCGGGUCCCGCGUGUUGGCGAGGCGGAGAAAGCAAAUGGUGCUGGAGCGGGGGCUAUUGGUACCGACGGUGUGGGUGGUGCUGCUGGUGUAGGAGGCAAACGGUUCAUACACAAGGCUACAAGAGCACCUAAAACCCCCGACAAGUUCCGUGAGGAUUACGAGAAGCAAAAGCAAAAGGCAACUAAGGCCAAAGAGCGCGAGGCGACUAUCGGCAUGCACGGCAAGAAGGAAAUCAGGUCCGUGGACCAUAUGGUGAAAGAACGGCGUGCAAAGGAGAAGAGACGCGAGAAGAAUGCUCGCCCGAGGCGCAAGGGGAAGGCUUGAAUUGUACACAGUGGAAUACAAGCCGUACAUGAUCGGUCUUGACAUUGACAAUCGUUUUAUGGAAUUGCACACGUUCCAUCGAGUACUAGUAUCCCAAGCUCUGUCUCUCUAUGUAUGCCGUGACUUGAUCAUAAAGUAUAUAUAUAUGUGACAACUCAACGUUAGAAGAAAC